ACUGCGACGAGAUACCACUAUGCCGAGUUUCACUUCGCUCUGGGGAUACAAUACAAAGGCCGCGCCGACGACUGCAACGUCCAGACACCAGUCCAUCGACGUCCGCGCCAGCGCCAGCACCAAAACGAGCACCAGACCGAGCACGAGCACGAGCGCAAGCACCAGCUCAGACAAGGACAAGGACAGAGACUGGGAGAACCUCUCGACGCCUACAGGCCGGCGCUCGGAGGAAGACCACAGCUCCGACGCCGACGUGCAGAGUCUCGAGGGGAGCAGGACCCACGAGGACUUUAUGGCGGAGAAGCGCGAGCUCGCGGAGCUAAGGGAGCGCUGUGCGGAGCUGAAGAAGCAGAACGAGAGUUUGGGCAGGAGGAUGGAGAAGUAUUCUGCGGAUAAUAACAGGUUGAGGGAGGAGCGGGCGAAGCGCGAGGUGGAGUACAAGGAGGCGUUGAGGAAGAGGGAGGAGGUGUACAGGGAGGAGGCGAAGAGGCGGGCGGGGGAGUACGAUGAGGAGCUCAGACGGCGAGACAAGGAGCACAAGGAGGCGGUCGGGGUGAACAACGCCACGCGUGCGACUGCCGAGGACGAGUGCCAUAAGAUGGCGGAGAAGGUCGUCCAGCUCAAAAAGCAACACGAGGAAGACCAGCUCCGCAUCCUGACGCUCCUUAACGAGGCCAAGGCCAUCGAGCGACAGCGGGAGGAUAUCGGCAAACACGGCGGGGAGCUCAGGGAGGAGCUCAAGCGGCGUGCCUCUGAGCACAGGGAGGCAAUGCGACGGCGCGACGAGGAGCACGCAGCGGAGCUCAAGCGACGGGACACAGAACACAAGGAAGAACUUGCACGACGUGAUGCGGCACACAAAGCGGCGCUCGAGGAAAUCAGCACCACACGCGCGACAGCCGAGGAAGAGCUCCGGAAGCAAUACGCGGAACGCAUCACCAAGUACCGCAAGCGGCACGACGACGACCAGGCAUACAUCGCCACCCUCGUCGACGAGACCAAGACGCUCGAGCGGCGUCUGCGCGACGCAGGGGACGCUGCGCACGCUGCGAACGAUUCGGCGGGCGCGUGGCAGCGCGAGGCGGAGCGGCAGGGGCAGGACGCGAAGGCGCUGCGCGACGAGCGCGCGCACACGAAGAAGCAGUUCGACCAGGUGCUCUCGCUGCUCGAUGUGCGCAGCGCGGAGCUCAAGGGCGCGCAGAGUUUCUUGAGUAUCGCGGAUGCGGCGACGGGGACGCAGGUGAUGGAUGCGCUGCGGCGGCUCAACGGGGAGGUGAUGCAGGUCGCGGCGUUCCUCGCCGAGGCGACGCUCGAGAAGUUCGAGUUCGCGUUCGGCGGUACGAGUAAGAUGCUUUCGGGUGCUGGCGAUGCUGGUAGUGGAGGGACGGCGGUGUCGGCGGAGGAGCGCACGUUCGCGACGCAGCGCAUGGGGAGCAUUCUCGGCGCCAAGAUGGUCGAGCACCUCGCGGGCAAGAACCACGGCGAGGAGCCGAUUCUGCUGCAGAUCGCGUUCCAGGCGUACCUCGCGCGCGUGCUCGAGUGGGUCGUCGGCGCGUGGCUCGUCGGCGACCCGACGCUGAACAGCUUCCUCGACACGCUGUAUUCGCAGGUCAAGACCACCGUACUCGGCAAAUGGCGCGCCAUGACGCGCGCGCACCUCCUCGCCUCGCAGCCCGACCGCACGCGCGCGCUCAACCACAUCAGCACCACGCUCCUCGACGGCCUCGCGCACAUCCUCCUCGCCGCGCGCUGCACCACGCCCCCCGGCGACGUCAAGCGCGCGCUCGCGGACAAGUACACGCACCGGUUCGCGCUGCUCGCGGGGCUCGCGCUCGACGUGAACAGGGUGAUCGGGGAGGACGUGACGUCGAGCGAGUAUGAGGUGCUCGCUGUGAAGAGCGGGGUGGUGUUUGAGCGGGGCGAGAUGGAGGAUGCGUAUGAUGAUGGGCAUUCGCAUUCGCACUCGCACUCGCAUUCCGCGGGUAAUGGCUCGGCGGCGAAGGUGCUGUGUCCGACGGAUCUGGGGCUCGUGCAGCGCACGAAGCUCGCUGGGGGCAGGGAGGGAAGGUGGGACGUCAAGGUGCUGCUGAAGCCCAAGGUGGCGCUCGAGUCCGUCGUCGAUUUCAUGGACGAGUGAUUUCCUCCUUGUUUUGUUCAGCUCUUAAUAUUGCAGCAGCACAUAUAUAUUCUUGCGGCAUUGACCACAUCGAUCGUGACUUUGUACAGUAGGCACAUUGACACCCGACUCUUGUAUCUAUUAGCUCGCGCUCUCGGUCUUGAUCUUUUUCUUCGUCCUGUACGCGGUUUCUUCUUCUUCUUCGCUUGGACGCUUGAGCCUCGGCUUGACGUCUACAUCGUCGCUGCUGGCCGUCCUGCUGAAUCCGGCGACAGCGUCGACCAACACACCUGAGGGCUGGUACUCGGUCUUGAUGACGGGUUUAACGUCCUCUAGCUCUUGUUGGCAAAGGUAGCCUUCAACGGCACUGCGCAGAGCGUCUGAGGGCUGAUACUCGGUCUUCACAACUGGCUUGACGUCUUCCGGCUCUCGUCCGAGGUAGCCCUCUACAGCAUCACGCAGAGCGUCUGGGGGCUGAUACCCAGUCUUGAUGACCGGCUUCACAUCCUCCGCCUCUCGCCCAAGGUAACCCUCCACAGCACUCCGCAGAGCCUCCGACGGCUGAUAGCCAGACUCGAGCUUCGGCUUGACGUCGUCCGCUUUAGAACUGUGAAGACUCUCGUACGCGCGCACGAGCGCCUCGGAGGGGCGGUACGCCGUCUCACCUGCACAAACAGCGUAAGUGACGUCUGGGAAAGUGUGAAAAGGUGGGGGGAAAGGCAGGGAACCCUUGAUUCUGGUCUUGACGUCCGCUUUCUCGUCCGCGUCUAGCUUUAUCUUGGGUGUCUUUGCGUCCUGCUCGCUCCUGAUCUUGCUCUUGAGGAACGGUUCGUCUUUCUCGGUCGCGAACAGUGUAUCCGUAGGCUGUCCGUUCUCCUCGGCGUCGUAGGCGGGGUCGUAUUCAGGCGACAAAUCGGGCGGUGGAGGUGGCGGUUCCGGCCUUGGGACCGGCAGAACGAGCUUGCGCAGCGACGGCGGUGCGUGUGUCCACUCUGGGGCAGGGUACGGGCGCACGAUGGGCGCCGUUUGGAGAGGAAAGAUCGUUGGGGUGUAGGAUGUCCAGUUAUGUUUCUCGGGGUCGCCGUGGUCCCUGUAGUUGUACGGGAAUAUGCAGGUAGCCGCGCUCGCUGUGCCGGCGGGGGGCUGGUAGCGCGUGUUCCACCGCGCGUGCUUGUGCGAGCCCAGGAGACAGCGCACGUCCGUGCCGAGGGGGAGCUGGACGAUGACUUCGUCGCGCGUGUGCAUCCCAAACACCUGCUCCGGCACCGCAUGCCCCUGCCCCGCGUCCUCGAGGAUGAGCUUGACCCACGACGCGAGCUUGCUGAACUCGUGGUGCGUGCGCUCCCGGCUCGACGGAUUGAGAAAGCACGGCUCGCUGACGACGACGUAUUCGGCGUAGGGGUCCGUGUACGGCGGUCCGGACUUGUUCUUGCCCAUGAUGGUGGGGUUCGU